AAAAUCUUUGGCUUCUCGUGUCUGUUCAGGUCAAACUGAAGUAACGUUACAGCUUUUCGAAAGUCACAGUCUUGAUGUAACAGCAGCCGUCCGGAGAAGUGUUUCAGAAGAUCACGAGUGAAUCUUAAGGCGGAGAUCGUCUCGCCGUACUAUCUCUUUCUUUUUUAACGCACAAGUCCUCGGAUCUCACUCGCAUUUCACUUCUCUCAUCGGAAUCUGUUGCACACCACCUGAAGCCAUCGCGGUCCAUGGGCACAGACAAAGCACCGGCGCAGGCGAACGACGCGAGCAAUGGCGACGGCAGGAGCAGGCCACCAGCUCCGCACGUGCUCCUCGUGCCGUACCCGGCCCAGGGGCACAUGCUCCCGCUGCUGGACCUCGCGUCCCUGCUCGCCGCGCGGGGCCUCGCGGUCACCGUCGCCGUGACCGCGGGCAACGUCCCGCUCCUCGCGCCGCUCCUCGCCGCGGGCCCGUCCGUCGCCACGGCCGUUUUUCCAUUCCCGGCUUCCUCGCCGCCCUUUCUCCCGGCAUCCGGGACCGGGUGCGGCGAGAACACCAAGGACCUCCCGCCGGGCCUCUUCCGGCCCUUCAUGGCCGCGCUCGCGUCCCUCUCGGCGCCGCUCCUCUCCUGGUGCGAGGCCCAGCCGCGCGGCCGCAGAGUCACGGCCGUCGUCUCCGAUCUCUUCACGGGGUGGACGCUUCCGAUCGCGCGGGAGCUCGGCGUGCCGCACGUCGCGUUCUCCUCCGCCAGCGCGUAUUACCUCGCCAUGUCGCACUCCCUCUGGCGCCGCAUGCCAACGGGGUGCCGCCUCGACGAAGACGACGACGAUGAGAAGAGGGCUGUUGUUGAGUUCCCGGAGAUCCCAGGCUCGCCGAGCUUCCCGUGGCAGCAGCUCUCGUGGCUGUACCGGUCCCACGUGGCCGGGGACGAGGUGUCCGAGACGAUCCGGCGGGUCUUCCUCUGGAGCCUCAAGAGCUCCUGCUUCGUGGUCAACUCGUUCGCGGCGAUCGAGCCGGAAUGCCUGCGCGUGCUCCCGGGCCUGAUGAUGAUGCCGCCAGCGGCGGAGGAGAAGCGGGUGCUGGCGGUGGGCGCGCUCUCGGACGCCGCGCUGUCGUGCCACGACCGUGGCGGCGAGCACGCCGUGGCACCGGGCAAGGUGGCCGCGUGGCUGGACGCGUUCGAGGACUCCGCCGGCUCCGUCCUGUACGUCUGCUUCGGGUCGCAGCACGCGCUGUCGCCGGCGCAGGCUGCGAGCGUGGCCGACGCGCUGGCGCUGAGCAAGGCCCCGUUCGUCUGGGCCGUGCCAAGGGGCAGUGAGGCAAUAACAGCAAUGGCGGCGUCAGUGUGCCGUGGCAUGGUGAUCCGGGGGUGGGCGCCGCAGGUGGAGAUCCUGCGGCACCGGGCCGUGGGGUGGUUCCUGACGCACUGCGGCUGGAGCUCGGUGCUGGAGGCGGCCGCGGCCGGGGUGCCGAUGCUGGCGUGGCCGAUGGGCGCCGACCAGUUCGCGAACGCGCGGGUGGUGAGGGACGCCGGCGUGGCCGUGGCCGUGGCCGAGGGCACCGACGCCGUGCCGGACGCGGGGGAGAUGGCGGGCGCCAUCGUCGCGGCUUUCGGGGAAAAGGGGAAGCCCGUGAGGGCGCGCGCGUUGGAGCUCGGCCGGAAGGCGGCCGCUGCGGUGAAGGAAGGUGGGAGCUCGCACAGUGACUUGGAGGAGCUGGUGCGCGUGCUCGGUCACGUUGGCUAGCGCUCAGUGCAGAUUUUCAUUCCUGAAAUGGAAUUAUUUUUUAAAAUAUUGAGAUUGCUUACAACUCGUGGUUUGCGUGGCAAGCGACAGCUUGAGCUGGAAUGCACUGUACAACCUUAAGUUUCAUCUCGACAAAAAUAAAAGGGUUGCUGUUUACCCAGAAAUAAUUAUUUUAAA